GCCAUGUUAAGAUCCAACAAUAUUUGAGCGAGUUCUCAUUUACCUUGUCGCUUCGACGUGAGAGAACAAAUCGAGCCGCCAUUGUAGUCCUUAGAAGAACUCUCUUUAGUCAUCGUCCUCCUCUUUUUUAGAUGGGAAGCCCUAAAGCCGCCGCCACCACCAACGAGACGGAUGAUCCUACAACCGAUUUCAUCGGAGACGCACGGCGGGACUCCGGCUCUGAUACAGAGUCAAACGCUGAUUGUGACGGAGACGACUUGCCCCUUCUUCUUCUUCCUGCUCCUCCCGGUGAAUUCGAAGAGGGAGAGAGAGUUUUAGCCAAGCACAGUGGUUGCUUCUACGAGGCCAAGGUUCUUAAAAUUGAAUAUAAAGACGAUGAAUGGAAGUAUUUUGUGCAUUACAUUGGUUGGAACAAAAGUUGGGACGAAUGGAUAAGUAUGGAGUGUCUGUUGAAGCAUACAGAGGAAAAUAUUGUGAAACAGAAGGAACUGGGUAUGAAGCAAGGAAUUAAGACUGCUACGGCUUGGAGAGUUUCAAAGAUGAAACCUAGAAGUCCUAAUGUUGUUAGAGGAAGAAAGCGGAAGCAAGAUUCGGUUGAUACGGAGAAGAAUGUGGCUCCUUCGGAUAACCUUUUAAGUUUCCAUAUCCCACCAGCAUUAAGGAAACAACUAAUUGACGACUAUGAAUUUGUUACUCAGAUGCACAAGCUUGUGGAACUUCCACGUUCUCCAACUGUUGACGACAUCCUGAAGAAGUACAUUGACAGCCAAAUGAAGAAACAUGGCAGGGUAAGUGAUUCAGUAGAGGAAAUUCUAAAAGGUCUGCGUUGCUACUUUGACAAAGCUUUACCGGUGAUGUUACUUUAUAACAAUGAACGAAAGCAAUACGAGGAGACUGUAACAGCGGAUGUUUCUCCCUCAACUGUGUAUGGAGCAGAGCAUUUGUUACGACUAUUUGUGAAAUUGCCGGAGUUGCUAAUCCAUGUGAAUAUGACAGAAGAGACAUUGAAGGAGUUACAGGACAACCUUGUUGAUAUUCUCAGGUACUUGAGGAAGAAUCAGAGUUUGUUUUUCUUAUCGGCAUACAAAGCAGUGGAAGAAAUGGAGAAGAAUGAAGAAGAUAAAGAGGAGGGGGCUUAAUGGCGUGACAUUGUUGUUGUAUAUAUACGGUAUGUACAGGCGAAUUUAUCUGUUUCUAGUAAUAUUUAUGUAGUGAGUGAGAGAGUUAAGUUCGAACUAAUAUUUAUUAGGUUCGGUCUGGAUUAUGAAAAAGUAAUUAAUGUCGUUAUCGUGUGUAUGUGGCGGCUUUCUAGAUCCACGAUAGUAGUACCAUUGUAUUGUGAAGGCUUUGAAAAACCAGUGUCUUUAAUGAUUUCUUCUCUUUCACAGUUA